UUCAAAUGAAGUAGGAAUUUACUGAUGUAGCGACUGUGGUGUUGUGUGAUUUAUAUUCUGCAAACAGAAGGUGGACGCUCGCUGAUCUUGAUGUGUUGUUUGUCACGGUUAGGGUCGAGUGCAUCAUUACUGCAGCGUGCCGCCUGGGUCUAUUCAGCGUCAGGGGGUGCAGGAGGCAUCAUUAAUAAUGUUAACAAGGCCAUCAGGACUAACAUGAUCUUCCUCAAGGGCGGAGGGGAGAAAUCUCAGCAAAACAAAGCAGGCAAGAGCUGUUAACUGCGUGAAAAGCUCUUUCUAGCAAAAUAAAGCUUUGACCCUACAGUUCUUUGCACAGGAUUUGAGAACACAGGGAAGAGAAAGGUGGCAGAGAGAGAGAUGAAAAUCAACUUGAACUGAAAUCUCAACAGCAGGCACCUGUAGACAAUCAGCUCAUUAAGCUGUGAUUGGAUGCAGGCUGCAGUAAAUGCUGCCUCUCUGCUGCACACACACACAUGCACACAGAGCAAGAAGCUUCAGGGUAGUCAGGCUACUGUUGCACGCUUUGGAACACAGAAAUGGCUUGUGGAGUUCAUUUGGGAAUCUUGCUGAUGUGCUUAGUUCAAGCAGACCAUGUACGCUGUUUAUGGGCUACACAAGCUCAGAGCUCCCGCAGACAAAACGGCAACAUAUAUGUUGGCUUGUCACAACAGGAUGGUGGACUAAGACAACUUGGUGGCAGCUAUCCCCAGAAUCAACUCAGACAGGCCUCAUCCCAGAGCAGUGGCUUCAACACACAUGCUGCAGUUAGCAGUGGGUAUAGCCAGGGACUUUCCAAUCGUGACUACAAACAAUCUGUCUCACAGCCAGCUCAAAGUGGCUACCCUUCAGUCAGGUUUGUGCAGAGCAGCUCACUGUCGAAACCUAACUGGCAGAUGACUAAAUUGAAUAAAGCUAAUGCACAAAAGGUGCCCAAAAAGCAGUUAUCUGGCCUUUCUACAUCUAUUGCUAGUGGAAGUUCUGUGAGUAAGUACAGUAAGAAGCAGAAUGACCAUAAUGUCAGCAAGAAGAGAACCUGGCCAGUUCAGCAGGGUACACCGCAUGCUAGCAGCUAUAUGUUCAGCAGUUCUGCAUCUGUUCGGAGUCCUUCUAGCAAAAGCACCCACCAGUCAGCAGUACAGAAGGCUCCCGGUGCUGCUAUAGAAACACCAGCCUACAAUGGGCAAAGAGGCUAUUCUUCUAUGAAGUCUUCCAGCCUGUUCAGCGCAGCUGCUCCUGCGCCACAGAAAAACUCUGCACAGAUGCAAACCUCAGCCAGUGCCCGCGCUAAAAAAGUGUCUCGUCAUAGCUCCAAAGCGUCGAAACCUUCUGGUUCCUCAACUCGUCAAAAUAACCCGAGCCAGACUGACAGUGGGAAACGAUACCAAAGCAAACUGUUUCCUGUGAAUGAAGGAAAUGCCAACAAACACUACAAGGCUUCUUCCACAUCCAGCUUGGCCACAAACCAUCUAAGUUAUAGCCAAUCUCUUCCAACUGUUGGCUUCCACCCACGCAGUCUAGCGAUGCCCACAAAUGCGAGGUUGAGCUACAAACCCAGCUACACCUCGACUGAGCAGAUCCCCAGCAGUAAGAGCUCUCUCCAAGCAUCCUGGAGCAAUAGAAACCAAGCCCAGGGAGCUCGUAACCUCCCUGCCUCUGGAAGCGGCAGAGCGGGAACCUCUGCUCAGCGCUUUGCCCCAACCAGAACCUACAACAUCCCAGAGCGCUUUGGUGGCUUCGCUAUCAGACGGCUGAAGGACCCUGUGAACCAGAAGGAAGAGAGCGUCAGGAAGCCACAGCAGACGUACACAGCUCCUUCACGGCAGAGCAUGUCUUACAAACCACAGGUGCAGAGUGUUCAUUGGGAGAACAAUUGGCAGCACGUUGGCUCCCGCCAUCUGGGAAACUAGCAGCCUUGAUGAGGACUCUGGCAACUUCUGACCAAGUCUCUGGGCUCACCUCUGGUAAACUGCUCAAGGUAAUCUAACCCAUCACUAUCAGUUUGGUCAUGGAUAGUAUGGUCAAAUGCCCUUAAUGGAUUAAACUCAAGUGGAUCACCACUGAAAACAGGAACACCUCUUUGAGGCAAAUGUGACAGUUUCUGAUGUUUGAAGAUCUCAGUGAUGUUAUUUUGUUUCAGCAUUACUUCACACAGGUUUACAGGGUUACUAUUCACAACAGUUUGAUGUAU